AGAUCAAAGAGAUUCGUUUGUUAUUGUUUUUGUUUUUAAUUCUCUUGCGAAAAAAAGUUAAUUUAAUUGUUUCUCUUGUUAAUUUAAUUUCUAUUUUCAUGCCAGUGGUUAAUUAAAGUGUACCAAAUAUUAUGGAGUAAAUAGAUUGGAGGUAAUUGUUGAAUCUCUUGAUUGUUGAUCAUCUUAAAAACCUUUUGGAAAUGUCAAUCAUUGAUAAUAUCUAAAUGUUAUCAAGAUGGAAACACUUAUUAUUAUGAUUUUCUGAUUACUGUGACAAUUAAUUGCUGAUUAAUUUACCAGACUAGGGGCCAGACAGUUUACUAAUUGUAUUACAUAAUUAAUUCAAUAUCUGGUUCGCUAAUAAUGAGCUGGUUUUUUAGUUACUCAUGAUGACAGUUCAUGUACUUUGAUUCAUUUUGGUUCUUGGAGAGGGAUCGACAUUUUCGGGUCAUUGAAAUGUGGCCUUACAUGAUUCGAGUCAAUCCUUUUGGAUUUAUUGUAAUUCUGUUCUUAUUCAUUUGCAUUUAUUUAAUUUAUUUAUCAUCAUCAAUAACCAAUGAGGUUCUUUAUCAUAGUAAGGCAAGAAAACGAGAACCAAAUCUACCAGUUUCCCUUGGAGGACAAUCUAUUGAUCUGAAGACUCUUCUGGUGACAUUAAUCAAAGCAGCGGAAAGAGGGGGCAAAGAAGUGGUCGGAGUGAUGAAGAACCGAGAAUUACAUAGUCGAUCUAAAUCAAAGGACGAGAAUGGGAAAGAUGAAUUAUUAACCGAAGGAGAUUUACGUUCCCACCAAAUGAUGGUUCUUCAAGUAUCGGCUAAAUUUCCUGGCCUACGAAUCAUUUCAGAAGAAAAAGAUAGCCCCGAGGGCGAAGGAUUUUUCUUGCCUUUCGGUGAACUUCAAGAUGUACUUUAUGCGGACGAUGUUCACAAUCUACCAAGUUCCAUGGUCUCUAUGGAAGAUCUGGUUGUUUGGAUUGAUCCAUUAGACGCAACCCAAGAAUACUCAGAGAAUCUGACCCAAUAUGUCACAACAAUGGCCUGUGUUGCGGUGAAAGGUGUUGCCACCAUAGGAAUUAUCCACGAACCUUUCAGCCAGGAAACUUAUUGGGCUUGGAAAGACACCGGACUCUCCGAAUCUAUCGAAGACUUAAUUUUAAAUGUUCCAACUCCAAUGAAGAGUGAAAGUGAAUCAAAGUUACGAUUCAUUGUAUCUCGUUCACAUACUGGAGAUAUAAAAUCAAAUUUAGCCAAAAUGUACAAAAACGAUGAUAAAAGUUACGAUGUGAAAAGUGCCGGUGGUUCGGGUUACAAGACACUCCAGUUAAUCAAGGGUUUCGCCGAUGCUUAUGUUCACAGUACAUCGAUCAAGAAGUGGGACAUUUGCGCUCCAAAUGCUUUACUCAAUUCAAUUCCAAAUGGUAUCAUGACCGAUCUUAAGGGAAAUUCAAUCGAUUACAACGAUACCGGUGAUGUUUACAAUAGAAACGGUCUUAUAGCAACUCUGAAAAUGAAUCAUGAAAAAAUCCUGAAACUUUUCAGUGAUUUAAUUUCUCAUUCACACUCGAAAUAAAUCUAGUCACAAUAGUAGAUUAGAUUAUAUGAAAACGAUUUUCAAGCAAUCAUCUUUUUUACUAAUCAAUUUCGUAUUCGACUUUUACAUUUAAAUGGAUAAUUGAAAACGAUCAAAUGAUUUGGGAACUUUUUUUGUAAAAUUUUCGUCCGUUUUUCUUCCCAUCAAUUAUUGUAUUAAUAGUUGAAAAGGUUAACAAAGUGAUUAGAAUGUGGCUUAAUCCGAUGGAUUAUCUGUGCGAUCAUCUCUCCCACUCUCCUCUGGCUCCGUUUCAAGGGAGGAAAUACUUGCUGCAGCAGAAAUUGGCUUGAAGUUCUGGUGAUCAUAUUCAUCUCUAUUUGAUUCAUAAUCAUCAAGACUUGAGGAUUUCAAUGGCUUGGAAAAGUCAACCGCUCGUAACUCAUUUGGAUUUGCUUUUGGAUAUGACCAGGGGGCAACUCUAACCAUGUGUGGGCCAUAAUAUCUUGGAGCUGAAAGAUCAAUAAAUCAAUAAUUCAAUAUACAUAAUAUUAAUACAUAAAUGCUACAAUGUAAGUGUGAAGAUCAACAAGGAAAAGAAAGAAAAUUAAACAUUCGAAACCUUUGAAAGAACUUAAAUUAAAUUGAAUUGAAAGAAACCUAACUAAUCAUUCAAUUAAGUUGUGGUUUUGAUUGUGAUAAUAUUUAAAUCAUAUUUAUAUCAUAUUCAAUGUAAAGGAGGUAAAAAAGGUAAAAAAUUAAUAACAAAUUGAUAGUUUAAAAAAUGA